AUGGGAAGCAAAAGCUGGAGGCUGAAAGGAGUAGACCUAGUGGGAGGAUACUAUGAUGCAGGCGACAAUGUGAAAUUUGGGCUGCCAAUGGCAUUCAGUGCGACAAUGCUGGCCUGGGCAGCCAUAGAGUUCAGGAAAGAGAUCGCUGACUUGAAUCAAUUGGGUCCCACUCUUUUGGCCAUUAGGUGGGCCACCGACUACUUUGUCAAAGCUCAUCCUCAUCCCAAUGCUUUUUGGGGACAGGUUGGGGAUGGCAAUUCGGAUCAUUACUGCUGGGAACGUCCAGAAGACAUGAGCACAUCAAGGACGGCCUACAAGAUUGACGAACAACAUCCAGGUUCUGAUCUUGCUGCUGACACUGCUGCUGCCUUGGCUGCUUCUGCUAUUGCUUUCGGUCCUUACAACUCUUCCUAUUCUUCUCUCCUCCUCCUUCAUGCAAAACAGCUGUUCGCAUUCGCGGACACUUUCAGAGGUUCAUACGAUGACUCCAUUACAGUUGCUCAACAGUUUUAUGCCUCUUCCGGUUAUUCAGAUGAAUUGCUUUGGGCUGCUGCGUGGCUCCACAGAGCAACAGGGGAUGAAUACUAUCUCAACUAUGUAAUGGACAAUGCUCAAUCUAUGGGAGGAACCGGAUGGGCUGUCACUGAAUUCUCUUGGGACAACAAAUAUGCUGGUCUCCAGAUCCUCCUCUCCCAUGUUGUUCUGGAAGGACAUGCUGGUUCUCAUGCCCCCAUUCUAAAGCAAUACCAGGCCAAGGCAGAUUACUUUGCCUGUGCUUGCCUGCAAAAGAAUGAUGGUUAUAAUGUCCGAAGAACUCCAGGCGGAUUGAUAUACGUUCGGGAUUGGAACAAUAUGCAGUACGUAUCAUCUGCUUCAUUUCUGCUGGCUGUUUACUCCACUUACCUCUCUUCCGCAAAAGCCACCCUUCGCUGUCCCCAAGCCCAGGUUCAGCCUUCAGACCUCAUCAGUUUUGUCAAGUCUCAAGCUGACUAUAUGCUAGGUAAAAACCCCAAGAGCAUGAGCUAUGUGAUUGGAUAUGGAGCAAAAUACCCGGUUCAUGUGCACCACAGAGGAUCCUCCAUUCCUUCCAUCUUUGUCCUUCAUUCAGCGGUUGGGUGCGUGCAAGGUUUCGACACUUGGUAUCACCGGAGCGAAGCAAAUCCCAAUGUCUUGCAUGGCGGCCUUGUGGGAGGACCUGAUCAAAAUGAUGAGUUUUUAGACGAUAGAUCCAAUUAUGAACAAACCGAGCCCACUCUUUCUGCCUCUGCUCCACUUGUAGGCAUCCUUGCUAAGCUUAACAGUUUGUAUGCUAAUGCUAAUGCAGGUUCCCACCGUGAUGGGUCACCACUGCACCAGAAAAUAAAACCACCAAGCACAAACCCACGAAAACCAGCAACACCUGCAGCAUCUUCAGGUGGGGCGAUUGAACUGAUUCACUCAAUUACCAACUCAUGGAAUGAGGGAGCAACAACAUAUUACCGUCACCAAGUAAUAAUUAAGAACGCUUCCAAGAAGCCAAUCUCUGAUGUAAAGUUUGAGAUUGAAAAUCUGUCAGGCGCUCUGUGGGGUCUUUCUCCGACACAAGACAAGAAUGUGUAUGAACUUCCCCGGUGGCUUCAAGUCUUGAAUCCUGGCUCUCAAUGUACUGUUGUUUAUGUCCAAGGUGGACCCCAGGCUAAAUUCUCUGUCUUAAGCUUCCACUGAUCAUACUGUGAGAACCGUGGGAGUCAAAGGAUAUUUGAUAUUCCAAGUUUGGUAAAUGAGAUCUUGAGUUCUUAGAGUCUGA